CGCACGAAAGCGUUUGCCUCCCGUCUCCUCAUCCGUCCUGCUGUGGCCUCACUCUCCAACUGUUCGCGACCAACCUUCCUUGCCGCCCAUCUGCCUCGAAGCUAUCUCCUCCGAAUGGCUACCGCGUCUCGCUCAAGCAAUUUGCCACUCGAAGUAUUCUACCAUAUCGCUGAAUUUCUGCCCGAUUCCCCCCGGUUCUUCUAUCCCCUGGUUCAAGUCAACCGCGCCUGGUAUGUCGGCUUCAUUUCGGGCCUGUGGGGCACCGUUUCUCUGGCGUCAUCUUCCCUUUUGGAAGGUGACGCCGUUCCGAACUCUCAGUCAGCUCUACCGACCUUUCCGGCGCUGCUGAGUAUCCAUUUGCAUCAUCUGAGACACCUCCAAGGCUCCUGCUCCUCCAUCGAGCAGUUCCUGGCGCGCUUCCCAUCCCACCGCAUUCGAUCCCUGAAUCUCUGCGACGACACUGCGGCUCGAAGCUCAGCGCCGCUGUUGCUGCCCUCGUCGUCAUCCAUCUUCAGCCAGACCACCCUCCAUUCGAUCACCUCGCUCUCGCUCGUGCAGUGCUCGUUGACCGCGGAGCUCCUUUCUGCCGUCAUAAUGCUACUCCCGCAACUGAGGGUCCUGACGAUGCGCCAUGUCGAGGCUCGGACCUUUGGCGACCAGCUGUGGGGUGCUUUUCUGGACUCGCUCGAUCCCACGGCACUUGCAGGCCAACCGUCGAAUCCAAGCUCCGACUCUGUGCAGCGGCUCCUGCCCUCUGAUGGCCAGCCGACCUUGUCCCAGCUGCGUCUGCAAAUUUUGGAAGUCGCAUUUUCCCCGGUUCUUGGAGAUGCUGUGCUCGCCAGGCUGAUCAAGCUCGCAGGAACACGGCUUCGGGUCUUGGACAUCUCCAGCCCGCAUCAUGUUCAUUCUCCCUUGGUGGAGCAGAUUUCCCAGUCGGCAACGCGCCUGCGGUCACUCACCAUGCGCUAUCGGACUCUCGAUCCUGGUGCCGUUGCCAAAAUCCUCGAUGCCUGCAACGAGCUCACUCGAGUCGAUUUCCGAAACACCUUUGAGAUCCAACCUGACGGUUCUCGACGAGAUCCGCUCGUCCACUACCAGACCCGCCCACACCAGCUGCACAAACUCAAGAGCCUUGCCUUUGAAGAUACCGAUCCAUCUGUCUUUGACUUUACGAGUCUCUUGGCCCAUCAUCGCUCGCUGCCCGACCUUGGUCGCAACCUGCUCGAGCUGGUUCUGCACGAGGCCAAGGUUGUCUCGGGCACUCUGGUCGCCGUCCUGCAGUUCAUGCCCAACCUCAGGCGGCUCCAAGCCCCGCUCCCAAACACCGCACGCUUCCUGGCCGUUGCGAAGCAGUGCCCCAAUCUGCAACAGCUCUGCUGGAUUGGUCCUAUUUGCCUCCAGGACUUUGACCGCCUCGCGCCGCAUGCGCUCAAGAAGCUCCAGUCGCUCGAGUUCCGGUUUGCGACCUGGGCCCGCCAGGACGACACAUUCUCGUCCUUCCUUGCUGCCCACCCAGUCCUCGAUACCCUUGUUAUGACCGGUGCCUGUGGUCUGGAUCCAGCAUCGUUGGCCAAGUUAAAGCAGCGUCACCCGGCAACGCAGAUCCGGGUCUGCAGCUUCAGCGGCAAACCUGUUUCGGCGUGAGCGAGUGCUUGCCUCUGGCCUCGAAUCCAGCCUGUCGCCCGCGGGGAUCUGUUCACUCUGGCUGUCUCUCGCUCGAGUCGUGUCCGUCCGGCCGCCGCCCCUCCCCCUUAGUACCACCACAUUGCCCCUGAAAUGAAUCGGAUCAUUUCGUUUUUGCCUUGACUGGGGACUGCUUUUGAAUGUGAAUAUAUAACCCAUCCAUCGUCUAUCGCCCUCGGUAUGAUCCUGGGCUCCCAUCGAUAGUUUCACGGCCCCGCUGCCACCAGCCCACCCUACCG